CUUCGUUGAAUAGUAAAGAUGAUGUAAAUAUCAGUGUCAACGGGGCCAGUGAUACCGAUUCAACUGUAAUUCAAUUCAUCGAUGAAUCUAUUGACCCACCUCCAUCAUCGUCAAAUAGUCAGAAGUUUGAAGUCAGUUCAAAGCGUAAACUGCAAAAUGCUGAAUUCACUGAAAAUCAUUGUCAAAUCAAAAAGGCAAGAGUCGAUACCGAUGUUGAUAAUGAACACAACAAUUCUUCUGCAUUAUCGCCUUAUGAGAUUAUACCUACUGUCAACGUAGAUUCUGAUGAUGACGAUUUAAUCCUUAUUGAGUGUGAAUAAUUAUAUGAAGAAGGAUAUACUCGAGAUAGAUAAGGUGUACUAGCGUGAAAAUAUAAUGAUGCAUUUAAAUCCUUCAGUAGAACUGACCCAGUUCUGCAGACUAUUCAUCGGAAAAUUUUGUUUAUUUUAUAUACUCUCAUAUGAAAACUGAUUUGUGUAUUUCUUUGGAAAAGAACACCAAGUUAUAUUUCUAAUUCCCAAUAGAUUUCAUUAUAUAACUGUUACAGUGCUAUAUUAUGCAUAUAUAUAUAUAUAAUUCAGUCGUGUUUAGUGAUGUAUUGUAACAACAGGAGACAAGGGCCAGGCAACAGAUCGUUUUAUUAUGAAAAUCAACACGUAUUUAUACAUAUUUCACAUACAUUAUUAUAGCUUAUGCAAGUAGACAAGCGCAGUCAUCUGAUUGGUUGUUUAUCAGAAGUUAGGCAGACAAACGCAGGCUUCUGAUUGGUUGUUUCGGGAUUCCUCGACAAAUAGAGUUCUCUAUCUGCGAAUCAUAUUUUGCCACGUUAACUUUGCUGUGAUUGGUUGUUGAAUCAGCCUUGCUCAUAUUUUCU